UAAAUUUUGUUUCGAACCAUUUGAUUGAAUGAUGGAUGAAAAUAGUCUAUAUGAACAUGUACGUCGUCGUCGGCUUCAUGUGUAUGAAAAUGGACCUAAAUUCCAUGGCAUCACACCAGGAUUGGAUGCAAGUAAACCACCGGAAUGGUAUGAUCCAGUAGCAUUCAAACAUGCUCAAAAAUUAUUUGAUAAGUAUCAAUCUAUAUUGUCAUUAACGUCAUUUAUGGGCCUAAUACUUGGUCUAAUGUCUGACGAUGAAAUAUUACGAAUAUUAUUAUCAACGGGUAAUUCCGAAACUGUUGACAAAUUAUUUACACGUUAUUUAUCAACCAUAAAACAUAUUGAAGAUUGGUUCCGUUAUGAUCCAUUCGAUACGGAUAGUAAAUCAUUUAAAUCAUUGAAAAUGGUACGAACGAUGCAUUGUAAAGUAGCCGAUAAAUUGAAUAACAAUCAAACAACGAAUAAACAAAAUGCUAAACAAAUAAAUCAACGAGAAAUGUUUCUUACACAAGGAGCGUUUUUUGGACUUUCAGCUUUAAUACCGAAACAGAUCGGUUAUCAUCGUUUUACUCAAAAAGAUUUUCAUUCUAUUUUUCAUUUUUGGCGUGUAAUUGGUUAUUGUAUGGGUAUUGAAGAUGAAUUCAAUAUUUGCAAUGGUAGUGAUGAAGAAGUGGUUGAAAUGUGUAGACAAAUUUAUCAUGAAAAUAGUCUACUCAAAAUACGGCAAUGUGCUGAACGAUAUCCAAUGAGUCGUGCUGUACAUAAUGCAUUCUAUGGUUAUAUAAUGACUUUUAGCUAUUCAUCAAUGAUGCAUUAUUUAGCUCCGAUUCUUAACUUAGAUAUUCGUCUUUAUCCAUUAACAACAUUUAAAGAAUGGUUUGAAUAUCAAUUAUUUACAAUUAACAAUGAAAAAAUUAUAUAAAUAUUCAUGGUUUAUAAAAUUGUCAAAUCGACAUGCUAGAAAUUCGAC